GUGGGUCUGGUGACAUGGGGAUGGGAAUGAGCCCCUUCAGCCAGCAGGGCCAGCCCACCCAGUCCCCGUCCUGGCCCGACUCCAUGAUGAGCAUGGAGGGCAGCAGGCGGCAGUUUGGAAACUCCUUGGACGACCUUCUGGUUCCUCCCACCACCAGUGAAGGUCAGAGCGAUGAGCGGGCGCUCCUGGACCAGCUGGACUCGCUGCUGAAUAACACGGACGGCAUCGCUUUGGAGGAAAUCGACCGGGCUCUGGGCAUCCCGGACCUGGUCAGCCAG